AAAUAUAUAAAAAUUUUUAUAAAAAAUAUUUAUACAAAUUCUGAAGUAAAUGUUUUAUAUUUUGUUAAUAGUUUAAAAGUUGCUAACGGUUUUUUUAGUUUCUUUUCGAUCUUCGGUUUUUUUCUCUCAUAUGUUUUGAGCAUUCGAUUAACUCAUGGCUGAUGACAAAAAGCAACAGAAGUCAAAGCACCCUCGCAAAUCUCCUCUGGGCCUCUCGCCCAAGGACUUGGCUAGCAGUAUACCCAUGCUCCUCUGGAAGCUGGGCGUCGCUCUCGGCUGCAAGCGAGCCAAGGUGGAGUAUGGCAGAGCGUUCGUCAAACCGGAAACUCAGAUGAAAAUUAAACUGAAUGAUUUUCGGCAACGCUUCAAACAAUUGCAGUCAACGACAGAUUUGCAGGAGCAGUGUCUUCAAGAGCACCGUUAUAAGCUCUUUUUGCAUCUGUAUCGGCUACUUUUACGACUUGAGCCAAGCGAAACAAAACGCCAACAAUACCUCGCAUUUUGCUACCAUCUGUUCGAUGAGGAAAACCCACAGAAAAUGCAGUUAGAGGGCAAGCUGAGGUAUCAGGAAGACUUUACCGAGAACCUCAUUUGCUUGGCCCAAAGCGUGCUGCACUUGAACGAGAAGGAAUUGGAGAUCAGUUCGUCAAAAGGGCGAACUGGUGUAGUUCUUGAAAUGGGUUUUCUCUAUGUUAUGUGUAAGCCUGUCAUAGUCCGUUGUCAGUUCAAGGGUUUGCGCUGGGAGCGAGCAGUCUGUGAGGUAAACUAUAUUGGAAUGAAUCGAAAUGCUACCAAUGAACAGAAGCUGAUCAGAGAUAAAGGCUUAAAGAUCAUUUAUAUGGCGCACUCGAAGAGUCCACAGCAACCUUUUCCGAUGAGCUCCGAUGUGAUGCUCUGCGAAGAUAUCGAGAGCCAGAUGAGAGCAUAUGCUCAUGUACGGCAACCAAAAACUGCUGAAAAGAAUAGAAAUCCUUUGAGCUUUCUCCGAGAGACCUGUGAGGUGGGCACUCAGUUUAUGGGCGCUGUUCCAGCUGUGGAGCUAUAUAAGAACAGCAAGAGCGUCUGCGAGACCUCAGAUGUGAGCAGUCAGUUUGCGGAGCCCCUGGAAACUGUUGAGCUAUAUGCGAAUUCUCAGAGUAUCAGGGAAACAUCCGAGCUGGGCAUAGAUCUAUGUGUAUAUCUGCAUUCGAACAAGUCUCAGCAAACGGACACUUCGACCACGCAGCUGGAUCAGGGCGUACAAACGUAUCGAACCGAACCGAGUGCAGAUAUUUCCACAACUACCGAUGAUUUGCUUACGGGGCUAUCGAUGGAUACGACAACUACGGAUAAGGGAGCAAGUACGACUGCAAGUGAAGGCAAGAUCAAUGGAUUGAUUAAGCAACAAGGAUCGACAGAGACAGAUGACUUAAGCACUCUGCUCGAUUCCACGCUGUGCCCAUCGUCACUGAAUGAAAUGCGAUUGAAUUUCAUAUUGACAACAUCUGAAGAGCUGCUACCAGAUAUCGUUUACACCAGAAUAGAGGAGGAGCAAGCGACCAACGAUAGUUCGACAGUGAUGCACAAAUCGAUAAAUUCAAUAUCGACACUGCCCCAAGAUAAUUUAGCAUCCACAAGCGAGGAAUUCAAAGAUUGGAUCUACACGGCAUCCGAGGAAUUGUUGCCAAGAAUCAAUCAGCCAAUCAUACAGCAAGAGCUUGCGCCGAGCAUGACGAUAAUACAGAGCGGUUUCAUUACUUCAGAGCCCACCUACAGUGGAGAGUCACCGAUUCGCAUACUGUCUACUAGGGAAACAAUAGAAGAUGCCACACAAGAUACUAAUACGCCGCCAAUAGAUACGUCGGACUCACAACAAAAGCAAGAAGUAAGACCCGAAGGACCGAGAGAAGAACAAUUAAGCUUGCAUGAAAUAACCCCUCCUCCUAAUUCCAAAAGUGGUUUCUACUUGAAGCAAAUAUCUAAAGACAGCAGUUGGCAAUACAAACAACUGCCAAAUAUCGAUAAGUCGAUAGUUUUCUCAGAAAUCGAUCAGUCACUUGUAAAUGAUAAACGUAAUUCUAAAGAAAUAUGUAUCGAUAAGUCACCAGAGCUCAAUAAAUCUAUGUCAGCUAAGCUCUUGAACGAUAAUCAAUCGAUAGCCGAUCAAGAAACAACGUGUGCAACCGAAUACUCAAAGGAAGCGAGUGGAGAGCUUGAACAGGGAAGUCAUUCGGCGACUGACGAAGAAUCAUCUUCAAUGGAUUCCUCAAAAGUAGUGAUUGGGGAGCUUCAGUCGGUAGAUCAAGCAAUGAUACUAACGCCCAAACAGUCUCCGUUUGUGAUAGAGUCCGAGGAUGUUUGUGAAGAAACGGAUCCCUCAGUAUUGGGCAAUGGGAAUGAUUUAAAAGCGGAGAACGAAUCGAACUGUGAACAAAAAUUGGCACCUCUUACCGAUACUUUAGGCAUGCUAGUGCUAACCACUGAAAUGCUUGCUAAGAUUCAUAGUCAGUUGGCUCAGCUAAAAAUGGUGCCGAAUCAAUUGAUAAAAAAAGACAGAUCGAAAAAUAUCGAUUGCAACCAAUGGAAAUAUCAACAGGAAACUGAGAAAUCAAUUGAAACAUCACCAGAGUCGAUACCAGAGUCAUCUCUUCUAGACGAAACAAUUAAAAAUGCAGAUAGUCGUACGCAGCUACAGCAGCUCAUGGAUCAGUUUCCACAGAUUGCAGAAAUACCAACUGAAACUCCAUCGGUAUUUACCGAGGACUCUCCGGCUGCCCCAGUGAUUUGUCAAUUGCAAACUAAAGAAGAAUCUGGGACAAGUUUGCUUGAGAUCGAUUUGUCGAUAAAUCAUCAAGAUUGUUUACCUGAUAGCCCUACGAUUUCACAACUAGAUGACUUUAAAGAUUCUGAAGAGGAAAUGUUUCUAAAACUUGAAGGUGCAUCCAAGACGUCUCUGCCGAUAGAUCAGCUGGAAUCGGUCAGAACAGAAGGUCGAUCGAUGUCUUCCGAAAAUUUUCUGUCCGCUCCAGUCGUUUGCCAAAAUAAUCUGGGUGCUGAAGAAAAGAAAUGUAAGCAAGGCUUACGAGAAAUCAAUCAAUCGAUAGACCAGCAGCAUAUCCUCAAACCUCUGCAUGCCAAUGAAAGAGAAAUCAUUCAAGAUGUUGAACCGGUUCGACGAGAUCAACACAAUUUGGUGCCUCAUAGACAGAUAAGAGAGGCCACCUCCGUCUUUGCCGAUUACUCUUUAUCUAAGACACCUAGGUGGCUGACGCAAGUGGAAGCUGAAGCAGAAUCCGAGGUUCCUGCGCCGGAAGUCAAAAUGCCCUUAAAGCCCGAUUACCCAUCGUUAGAUUGGUCGCAGGAAUCGGAGCCAUUGACUGACACACACAGUGUAAUAAUAACGAAAAUUAGGAAUUUUAUAAAAAUGUUACAGCCAACCAAUCAGGCGCAAUUGGCCGCCGAUGGACCGAUCAAAGAUCAGGCUCGCUUGGAAAAUCAACUAGAGAUUAAAGAAGCAGCUGUGAAAAUCUCGACAGAGAUCGAGCAGUCCUUAAGCCAACAAGAGUUGAAACUUGAUAAUCAAUCGAUAUCGAAAAAAGAUAUGAUAAUGUGCAAAGUUUCUGCAAAUGCGAUCAAUCAAGAUGCUGAUAGGCUAACAGGGAUGAACAUAAAUGAGGGAGGCUUGCCAUUCGAUCAAUCGAUAACGCCGGCAGCGAUAGCUUUACCAGCCAAGCGGCAGCACCAGCGCCAUGUCAUAGCCGCCUCUCCCUUCAUCAUCAAGCAAUUCAAGUGCAAUCCCUCGUAUCAAUGCUCGCCCCUGCAGCCCGACGGGCCCAAUUUCUACGAGCAGUGGAAGCAGUUCGUCGAGAUCGUGGCCACACAGACGAGUUGCCCCGGUCCGAUCAUAGAUGUCGCUGCAAUCAAGCGCCGGCUCAAGGCCUACCUGCGGUGCAUGCGAAAGCAAUACGCCUACCAGCCGGACGAGUGCUUGGAGGCGAUUGGCAAGUGCCAGCUGCAGCAGCUGCUCACCUCUGACGAGCUGGAGCAAUUCGAGACCCUGCGCUGGCAGCAGCGCGAUCGCGGCAUAGCCGUCCGGCUGUCGCCCGAGGAGCGACUGGGCGAUGCCCUGCACGCGCUGCUCGGCUACGAGUGCCAGCAGAUGCGCGUCUCGGCGCUGAGUCGACGGCUCAUGCUGCGCUCGCCGCAUCACCAGAGCAGCAUCAGCGAGUCCUAUGUGCUGCUCGCCCUGGCCGAGGUGGGCUACUACUACAAGUGCCUGCAGCAGCAGCAGGAGGUUCUGCUGCAGCGACUGGGCGAAUAUGGACGGGCGCUGGCUCCUUGUCUGAUGGCCGAGCUGCAGGCGUACUCCCGAUUCUACAAGCGGCACAAGGAGCAGCUGACCAGCCUCACUCAGGUGUACCAUCAGUCGCGCAGCUACGUCCAUCGUUUCCAGUGGCUGCUGCAGCUGUGCGGCGAGCUGAGCCACCAGCCGUCCCCGCUGCAGUAUCUGCAGCUGCAAUUGGGCCUGGGCAACGCUGGCUACGAUGAACUGCUCAAGCAGUGGAUGGAAUGCGCCGCCGAGCCGCUGCUGAAAAGGAUUCGCGGCUGGCUGCAGCAGGGCGAGCUGCUCGAGGGCGACUUCUUCAUUGUGGAGCACGCUGCUGGCAGUCAGAUCCAGAGCUAUUGGCUGCAGCAGUUUGAGCUGCGGCCGGAGCGAUUGCCGCACUUCCUCAAUCCACAUCUGGCCCGGCAGCUGCUCGCAACCGGCCGUAAUCAGCACUUUUCCCGGCACUUUUUGGCCCGGCAACUGGAGCUGGUGGUGCAGGAGUUGGAGCUGGAGCAGCAGCUGGCGUCGGCCUGCCACAGCAGCUUUCGGGAGCUGGACGAGCAGCCGCUGGUCGAGCUAAUUGGCACGUUGCAGCUGGACACAUCGCGGCAGCUGUUCGAGCAGCUGCAUCAGUUGCGGCCCAAUCCCCUGGAGCUAUUGAGUCGGCUACAUCAAUAUCUACUGCUCAGCGAUGUGGAGUUCGUGCGCGAGAUGAUUGAGCUGCUGGAGCCGUUGCUGGAGCAGCCGGCCGAAUGCUAUUGUGCCACACAGCUCAACAACAGGCUGGAGCAGCUGCUGGUCGCCCACAACAAGCCGCUCUAUGUGGCCAGGGGGGAGCAGCAGGGCAGCCGCUGCUGGUGCUGCUUCCUGCUGCGCUGGCAGCAGCCGAGCCACUGGAAGACCCUGCUGGGCGAACGGCUCGCUCACUAUGAAUCGUGCUUUGUCUGCCUCUGGCAGCUGCACUAUUCGGACUAUGUACUCAACGAGCGGAUCCGACGACAGCAAUCGCAUUUCUCGGAGCGCGUCAAUCUGGAGCGCUUUCCGGAGGCGCGACAGGUGCGGGAUCACUUUGAUCAGCUCAUCGAUCGGCUGCAGGACUUUAUGCUGCAGUUGCGCAGCUACAUGCUUGAGAAUAUACUGGACAGCGCCUUCGAGGAGCUCUACCUGGGCUGCAAUACGGUGAAGACUCUGGACGAACUGCUCCAGCUGCAGGGCUCGUAUAUGGAGAAGAUCCUGAAAGGACUGUGGCUAACUCGAGAUAACGCCAGGUUGCGUCUGCUACUGAUGCAGCUGUAUGAGCCCAUCUUCCAGCUGGACGUUGUGCAGCAGAAGUUUCUGUCGCUCUGCCAGCGCUUCUCUGCCGACGAGAUGGCGCAGCGGCAGCAGGAGCUGCGCAGGUGCUGCCAGACAACCUGCGAUGCCAUACACGAUCUGGAGCAGGACUUUCAAUUGGCUCUGGCCAACCUCCUGCUGGCCCUCUACAAUACCAAUGAGCCGCAGGCGUGUGCCUUGGCCAAGAAACUGGACCACAGCGGGUUCUACGAGCAGCGGUAUAAAGAAUUGAAAAUCGUGCACACUUUUCGCUAUCAACGAAAGAUCCAAAUUCAAAAGAACUCUCAUUUGGCAAAUCUCUAAAAAAAAAAAAAAUCGAAUAUGCGAAUGCUCAAGAAAUUUUAAUUUAUUUUUUAGUUUUAUCCUUCUAUUUUCUGAAACUCGUUUUUGGCAAUAUUGAAAAUUAUAAUUUUUUAUCUAUUAUU